UUAUGAGAAAUCCUAACACUAUUUCUAAGGUCGGGCCACUUAUGUUUGUCUUCUUCGUCUUUAUUUAUUUAGACUUUACUUAAACUGAGCUUCAAGCAGAGACAGAGGACUGCAACUCGGUUGGACCCAGGCCAUCCAGCUCUUCUGAGACCACCCAAUAACUCCACGCCUGAACCGUGGAUAUUAUCGGAGCACCACAUAACGCAACAGGUCGUUUUCUCCUGACAGUCUCCUAUGCCAGCCUAUAAUGAUGCACACAAGAGAUGCUCAUCACGCCUGAGUUUCGCACUGAACCAGUCUGUGUAUUGAGUGAAUUUGGAGAUCUGGUCCUACCAGUUGUCUUUUGUAUAUUGGACGGUAAACUUUUGGGCAGAGAUGAAAGCGUACCGAACUCUGUACGAGCUGAUGGACAAUCCAGAGAAAUUGCAGGUUUUAGCCAAAGAAGCAAAAGUGUUUUGUCUGCUAAAUGGGCUGCCGUACCCCAUGAAGGAAUCGCCUGAGUUGGUGACGUACGCUCCCGUCACGCUCUUCCCGACGCCGGUCCGCGGGGCGGUGUUCGAGCAGGCCUUGGCGGUCCAGCCUCACUACAACCUGCUGGUGGACAGGAUCAGCCAGGACCCCGCCUUCCUGGAGGAAGCUCUCUCCAGCACGGUCCUGGCGGACGACUUCACGGCUCGGCUCUUCAACAUCCACAAGCAGAUGCUGUCCGAGGGCAGAGCCUCGCCCAUCGUCCUGGGCAUCAACAGGUCUGACUACAUGCUGGACGAGAGCGAGGUCCAGGGAGGCCUGCUGAAGCUGGUGGAGAUCAACACCUUCGCUGCCGGGGCCUUCGGGACCAGUGACACCAUCGCACCCCUGCACAGGCACGUGUUGAGACUGGCGGGUCUGGAGGGGCUGAGGUCGUCGGUUCCAGACAGUAACUCCACGGUGCGGCUCGCCAGCGCCCUCCAGAGGGCCUGGGAGCUCUACGCCCGGCCACAGUCUAGAUUAAGGCUGCCAAGCCCUAAGUGGACGACCUCACACUGUGUUCUUUCAAGGGCAGCCAUCCUGUUUCUGGUGGAUGAUGUAGAGAUGAUCUUCUUCAGUCACUUCAAGCUUAUAAACGAGCUUCGGGAAAGGGGAAUCUCAAGCAUCCGAAACAACUUUGAGUUUGUGCACAAAACGGGUCGGUUGAGCAGCGACGACAGACUGUUUGUAGAUGGGCGGGAGGUGGCGGUGGUGUUUUUCAGAGAUGGUUAUGUGCCGGGCCACUACACAGAAGAGAGCUGGGCGACCCGCCUGUUGAUGGAGCGCUCCCGGGCCAUCAAGUGUCCCGACAUCGCCACCCACCUGGCCGGGACCAAGAAGGUCCAGCAGGUGCUGGCCCGGCCGGGGGUCCUGGAGCGCUUCUUCCCCGAGCAGCCCCAGGUGGUGCAGCAGAUCAGGGCCACCUUUGUGGGCUCCUACACCCUGGACCAGUGUCCGGAGGGGGACCGCGCGGCUGCCAUGGCGAUGGACUCGCCCGACAGAUACGUACUGAAGCCUCAGAGAGAAGGAGGAGGACACAACUUCUUCGACGCGGACCUUGUGCGGGUGCUGGAGGAGGUGGGGGCGGGCCGUGGCCGGGCCUCCUACGUCCUGAUGGAGCGCCUCCGGCCCCGGGUGGAGCGCAACGUCCUGCUGAGGAGGGACACGCCGCCGGAGCCCUGCGACGUGGUCGGCGAGCUGGGCGUGUUCGGAGCCUACAUCAGGGCGGAGGGGGAGAUGGUUCUGAACGUGGUGGCGGGUCACGUGAUGCGGACCAAGCCUGCCGAGCACCGCCAGGGCGGCGUGAACCAGGGCCUGGCCGUUUUCGACAACCUCAUCCUGUGCUGAGGAAACCACCUGCCGCUGUAGGGUUCGACGUUUUGCUAUGGCGGGCUCUUUGAACAAGUUGCAGACGGUUGUACAAUCCCCAAAGCCGUGGAGGGUGUUUGGCUAAGGUGUGAAAGACUAUACCAGCGCAGCCAACCACUGCUUGGUUAAUAAUGGUUUUUAACUCGGUAUUUGAAGAGAAGUGGGCAGAGGAAAUAAUGAGCAGCGGACAAAUCUUGGUUAGCAUCGGAUUUGUACCAAAUAUUGAACCAAUUAAUGCACCAAAUAUUAGAAACUGCUUCUUUACUCUCAAUUCGCUAGUUCUCUGACUGACCACUAGGUGGUAAUAAAGUCAAAGGUAUUUAAACACUUUGGUAAGAGGCGGCUUCUUUUCUCUCAGGCAACUCCCUUAUUUGAAAAGAUCGGAGAUGGCUUAAUGGCAUAUGGUAAUUCUUGUAUUUUUUAUAUGCUUAAUACAAGGGGAAGGGUUGAACAGAUUCGAAUUUGUAUUUUAUGCACAAAUUACAAAUUAUUUUACAAAUUAUUUUUUAUAUGUAUAAUGAGUAAUGUGAAUCAUGUAUAGGCCUACAAAGUGAUACCCAUUAUGUAUUUAUUUACAUCUUGUGGAACUUCCGAACAACCUCAAUAAAAAUGUCAAGAUAAA